AUGGGAAGGCAGCCUUGUUGUGACAAAGUUGGGUUGAAAAGAGGUCCAUGGACAAUUGAGGAGGAUCACAAACUCAUGAAUUUUAUCCUCAACAAUGGGAUUCAUUGCUGGAGAAUGGUUCCUAAGCUUGCAGGAUUGCUUAGAUGUGGGAAAAGCUGCAGACUUAGAUGGAUCAAUUAUCUAAGGCCAGACCUCAAGAGAGGUGCUUUUACAGAAGCAGAAGAGAAUCAGAUCAUUCAACUCCAUUCAUGUCUUGGUAACAGGUGGUCUAAGAUUGCUUCACAUUUUCCGGGUAGGACGGAUAAUGAGAUCAAGAACCACUGGAAUACACGAAUCAAGAAGAGAUUAAAGCUUCUUGGAGUAGACUCUGUGAACAACAAAGCCAUUGAGCCAAAAGAAAGCAUGGAAGAAAAUAAAGAGAUAGUUACUGAUAUUUCAACAGAACUAGGACAAGACAAUGGCUCGGAGCCGAAAUUGCUGCAGGAUGAGGAUAAUGGGAAUAAGGGAUUUGAAGAACUUCCCAAUGAGGUUGACUUAAGUGCCUUUGAUGAGACUACUGAUGUUUUGAAAAAUUAUGAUAUGUUUUGUGGAAGCUUGGAUUUGGAAGAAUUCAUGUUGAACCAAGGAGUUAGCAACAGCAGCACCACUAGUUCCAACAACACUAGUGCUGCUACAACUACUACUAAUUCUUCAUUUUCUGUGGAAGAGUCUAAUUACAACCCUUCUAUAAUAGGCGAUCAAUUGCUACUGCAACAGAACUGUCUACAACAAUGGGUUGAGAGUGUGGAUUCCAUGCUUUCAUGGGAUGGCUUCAACAAUUUGGAACAAGAUCUAUUCUACUUUUGA